AUUCUGAUUCUGGUAAACCAAGGCUUCUUGGGGCUUAUUGCUUUAUUUUGUACAGUUAUGAACUCGAGUCUGUCCAGAAUGACCAUUAGGCCUUUUCUAUUGAUCAUUCAUAUAUAGGGAAAUACAUUUUCUUUGCGUAAAGAUAGGUUAUGAAUGAAUAUUUGCCUCAAAAGUUAUGGAAAGUUCAUGGAAAUUUCUUGGUUGAAAUGUGUACGUAGCCUGUGAAAGUCAUCAAUUUUUUUGUCAAACUUUAUUGACAGCCCCCAUUUGUAACAAUUUCACUACCCCAAAUAGGUUGAUGCUGGAGAAGACGAACGAAGCAUCAGGGAACAUCUGCGAGUAAUGAAGGAGGAAACAGAGAAGCUUCGACCAAACAUAGAGCUCCUCAAAGAAAAGAUGGCGCUGAUAAAAUGCUACCGAAGAAAUUUUGUGUCCAACCAUAGCACAGAGGAGACUCUCUCUGAGUUCCCGUGUUUCAGACUGGCGAAAAUGCUCCUUUGGGAUCUGAGAGACCACACCAGUGUUGAUGUGGACCAACAAAUUCUCACACAGCUCUCUGUAAUGGCACCUCGAGUCCUUCAAGUUUCGCGGAGUCCCCUGAAGGACAAGUUCAGGCGAAUGAUUGAGGACUGUGAAGAUGGCAGACUGAAAAAAGGCCAACAGUUGGAAGCAGCUAUUCUGCUCUUGCCUGCACUGUUCAAGGAGGACCCGGGGUUGCUGUAUGAAGUUGAGGGCCAUGCUCAGACCAGCCCUCCUGACAUCCCAACACCUAAAAUGGUGCUUAAAGGCUGCAGGGAGGGUCAUCCCAUGCAGUAUGACCACAUUGUGCUCACUUUGGAUGGCCAGGUAAUCACAGAGGAGAGCGAGGACAUCUCGAUGGCACUGGGUCUCCUCUUGUGUGUAUAUUUUGCGUUUGGAAUCCAGUAUCCUACAGGACUGAAAAAAAUACUGAUCUUUUUGUACUGUGUUGUUUUGAAAUUGAAGGAUGCAGCCGGACUUCCUGUCACUGUAAAAAGGGUGUACAACUCAAUCUGUGAGUAGACUUGAGGAGUCAAUAUUCUCUCUUUCUCUCUCUUCCAGUUUUAGUUCCAGUUUCUAUAUUGUUUUUGAAAUCCUGAAGGACUUACAAAAGACUUCAAAGCAUAACAGUUUGCAAGUGGUUGUAUUAAAAGCAAUUGUGCAAUUUCACUCACUCAUUAAUCUAAUGUUAAAAACUCUAGAUUUUCCAAAUAAAGUAAAGAAUGUAUGUAAAAAAAACAAAAAACAGGACUCUUGUCUUCAAAAAUUUACAUAUUUCAAGCUUGUUGCAUUAUUUUGUAUGUGUAUAAAAGGGGAGUAUAUUGUGUUGUAUAUGCAUAUUCCCUGACUUGUCAGCACUGGUUUUUAUUUGCUGCUGAAAGAAAUAAAUUAAAAGGUUUUGAAAGUGUAAUGUAUUUUGUUUCUCAGUAAGCAUUUAAUACAGGAUUUUGAAUCUUUAAAGCCACAAUUUGGUAAG